CGAUCAGAGAGACCACACCUCCGAGCGGAGGGUAAAAGUCCGGCGGAUCGAGCAGUACUGUGCACCUGCGACGACAUUCGCGAUGUACAACCUGAUAUGGUCGAGAUUACUGUGCGAGACUUCCAUUAAACUUGAUAUCUGUUUUAGCUGAGCGCGUUUCACCUCUCAGACGGAUUGGCUGUGUUUGUCUUGCUGUUUGUGUUUGUGGCUGAUGUAUUCGGGAUGGAGUGCUGCCUGCUAGCGCAUCACAGAUCGUGACCUGUCGCAUUCUGGCCAAGGGAAAAACUCAGAGACUUGCUCCAUUGUCUGAGUCUAGCAACCAGGCAGAGAAGAGUGUGCUAGACAAGGCAUCAGCUGUUGUAUGGUGACCGGAGACAAAACAAGAGCCUGCUUUAUGAACGCUUCUUUUUCAGAUACAUUAGAGACCUGCAUGUCCGAGAUACAACAGUGUACUGGUUGACUAGAAAAUGAAUGGCGCGCUUGGUCUGCCACAAAGCUCACCAUUCACACCUGUCGGGAAAGAUGCCAUUUGCUCUAAAUCUUCAAGAAAACCACCAAACUUCAAUAGGCAGCAGCAACAUGAUUCAAGAAAGAGGAGAAGGUACACUGUCAGAAUGCUACUAAACCUGAACACCUCUAUCCUGGUUUGUGGAUCACUCACACACUGACAUCCACAGACAUUUCGCCUAUGAAAUAACCUCAGAGAGACCUUACAGAAAACCUGACUGUUGACUGUUUUUUACAUUUCGGGCUAAGUUGGAAGGCUGUCCAGCCCCUAAGCCGAAACAUACAAAACAUACUUUGGAGUCUGGACUGCACCUGUCAGCUAGAGGAAAAGAGGAAAAUUUCCCAAGAAACCAUUGUGCAAAUCAAAACUGAAAGUCAUAGAAUAUGCUAAGGUGAAGGACAUAUAAUAAGCUCGAAUCAAGUCCCAAUCCUUAGGUGAUAUAUAUUUCCUUGCUGUGCUUUUUCUCUCCGCACUCUGUUGAGGAAAUUACUAAAAGUAAAAUACCAAAUACAACUGUCACAUGGAGAAGCACUCUCAUCUUAGACACUUUCUAACUCUUUAGGGAACUGUAACCAGGUGUCCUCUCACAGCUGGGACCUUUCUUGAGCACCAUUAGCAUCGAACAUCAUGUCAGAGCUGGAGGACUAUUCCCUUCCUCGGGGCCACCUUCAUCCGGACCCGGCUCGCAUCCAGCAGAACCUGCUUGAGGAGCAGGUGGAGCUCUGGUGGUUCAGCGAACCACGCAAAUCCUUAUUAUGCUACUGCACUUCAGUGGCCUUGAUCUUAGGCUGCGGCCUGGGCGGCGUAGGCCUCCUUUCCACUACCACCAGCCUUUCCAGCGAGUGGCGACUUGGCGCCGGAACUGUUCUUUGCCUUCUCGCUCUGGCCGUCCUUCUCAAGCAGUUGCUGAGUUCUGCUGUCCAGGACAUGAACUGCGUGCGUAGCAGGCGUCGGAUCAACAUGCUAAAGAGCGGUGGUUUAUCUGACGUUCUCAUCGUGAUGAUCACGGGGAUCUCUCUGCUAAUAUGUGGAGCUGUCCUGCUGGAUGUGGCCCUUUCCUACCACAUGCCCAAACCUGGGAAGGCGCUGAAUGACAUGUAUAUAUCCGGGGUGGUGAUGCUGGUAGUUGGGAGUUUUACAGUGUUAGCGGUUGGGAUAUACGCCGUAGUGGUUUACCUCAUAGAGAGGUCAAGGCCAGGACAGAGGCGAUGGGAGAGGACAGUGGGGAUCUUCAGCAUUUCAGGCCAGAUGCAGGCAAGGAGAGAGACUGCUUCAAGCCUGGCUCGUCUGAUAUAACUGUGACUACUUAAUAAAUAUACCAUUCUUUUAUUGAACAGGAGCUGAGAUGAAAAACCAGCACUCUCAAUUAAAUGAUACUUUGAACCCAUUAAACUAAAGCACAAAUCACAUGUGACAAUUAUAUUUUGAUUCACAUUUUGGCUCAAGGCUCCAAGUCAUUAAAGAUUUCAGGGUCUCAGGGUUUAAGCACAAAAAUGUAGCUUUUACAUGUGUCACUCCAAUAAAGUACAGUUAAAAGUACUGAAAAAGCACAAAAAUAAUCUAAAGUUUGACCUUUAAUUGAUUUUAGGUAAAACAUGCUGCUUUAUCUCCAACGCUUUUUGGACAACUACAAUAUGUGCAUGUCCUUGACUGCUUUAUUUAUGUGGGCAACUGUGAGCAUACCAAGUGAUUGUCCAUCAUGGGAUGUCUUUAGCUUUUCAGGAGUUCUGAUGUGUGGGCAAAGUGACUGACUGUGUCAGCUGAAUUCACAUGUGUGUGGAUUUAUAGUGCAGGCAAUGCUUUGGAUCAAAUAAAGGAUCAGAAUAUCAAUAUGA